AUGGCAACGAAGCUUGCCUGUGCAGCUCUCUGCAUCGCCGUCGCCAGCGGCUUCGCGCCGUCGCGGCCCGGCGGCGCGGCGCCCGCGGCGCGGCGCGACGGCCGCGCCGCCGUCGCGGUCGCCGCCGCCGUGGAGUCGCUGAGCUUGUCGCCGAUCGCGAAGGUCGGCGGCGUCGUGCGGCUGCCCGGGUCCAAGUCGCUGAGCAACCGGGCCCUGCUCAUCGCGGCGCUCUGCGAGGGCGAGACGACGGUGGAGAACCUGCUCGCGAGCGACGACACGGAGCGCAUGCUCGAGGCGCUCGCGGCGAUGGGCGUCGCCGUCGCGGAUCUGGGCGACGCGGCCGUGCGCGUGACGAGCUCCGGCGCGCUGAAGGCGCCCGGCGCGGACCUCUUCCUCGGCAACGCGGGCACGGCCAUGCGGCCCCUCGCCGCCGUGCUCGCGGCCGUCGCGGCCACGGACGGCGGCGACUUCGUCCUCGACGGCACGCCUCGCAUGCGCGAGCGGCCCAUCGAGGACCUCGUCGACGGCCUCAAGCAGCUCGGCUGCGACGUCGAGUGCACGCAGAACGGCGACUUCGGCGGCUGCCCGCCCGUGGUCGUCAAGCCCGGCGCGCGGGUCGACGGCGGCGUCGCCCGGGUCUCGGGGAAGACGUCGUCGCAGUUCCUCUCCGCGCUCCUCCUCGCGUCGCCCCUCCUCGCGACGACGCAGCCCCUGGUCAUCGAGAUCACCGACGAGCUCAUCUCCCAGCCCUACGUCCAGCUCACCGUCGACCUCAUGGCCAAGUUCGGCGUUGUGGUGGACAUCGACGGCGCGUACCGGUCGUUCACCGUCGCGCCGGCGCAAAAGUACACGAACGCGGGCCUCCCCGACGCGACCUACUUCGUCGAGGGCGACGCGUCGUCGGCGUCCUACUUCCUCGCCGCCGCGGCCAUGACCGGCGGCGACCUCACGGUCGUCGGCUGCGGCUCCGAGAGCACGCAGGGCGACGUCCGCUUCGCGGAGGUGCUCCGCGACAUGGGCGCGCCCGUGACGCUCCACCCGACGAACAUCACCGUCGCCGCGGCGACGCCAAACCUCAAGGGCAUCGACGUCGACUGCCUCGACAUCCCGGACGCGGCGAUGACGCUCGCGGCCGUCGCGCUCGUCGCCGCCGGGCCGACGACGAUCCGCAACGUCGGCUCCUGGCGCGUCAAGGAGACGGAGCGCAUGAAGGCCAUCGUCGCCGAGACGACGAAGCUCGGCGCCGACGUCUUCGAGGGCGACACGCACUGCGUCAUCACGCCGCCGGCGGGCAAGCCGAACGCGGGCGCGGAGAUCGAGACCUACGACGACCACCGCAUCGCCAUGACCUUCGCCCUCGCCGCCUGCGCCGGCGUGCCCGUGACCAUCCUCGACCCCAAGUGCACGUCCAAGACCUUCCCGACCUACUUCGACGAGCUCGCGCGCGUCACGCUCGCCUGA